GCCGGGAAUAGCGCCUGCGCGAAAAUCUGAGCUGCCCCCAUGUUACUGAGAGUCUGCGGCUAGCGCUCUACUGGCUGAGCUGGGCAGCGACUCCCCUGCCAGGGGGCGCCAUCCUACCACACAGCUCCCAGUAAAUGGAUGAGACCUUGGAUGCUGUAGCAGGUUCAGUCUGGUUUUCCAUACUGGAUAUUAAAAGUGAUACUGAAAAAGGGGAAACAAAGGGAAGCUGCAAGAGCGGUCAUGAGCCCCUCUUCAGCAGGGUGCGUCAUUUCCAGUGCCUGGAGCAGCCAGCAGAGAGCCUGGUCGUUGGCUGGGGCCUCUGCGCCCAGCUGCUGCUUGACUCUGCUCAGACCCGUUCCUGGCGACAGCAGCCUAACUUUAGCCUCAUGCUUCCACACAGCCCAUUCAUCCCUGGGAGGAGACUGACAACCCCACAGCCCCUUACCUGCUGGUCGCAUGGUCCCGAGAUGAGCCUACCCUGGCCCCCUCCCUUGACAUGGGCUGUAUGCAGUCUGGGAGGAGCUGGGCCGGCUUCUCUUUCUGCUCCCACCAGCCAGGGAGCAGCAGGCUGGGCGGGGAGUGGGGGGGAGGGAGGACUGAAUGCACUUCCUAGAGGCCACAAUGCCAGCUCCGCAGGAAGCCCCCAGCCACUGCAGCAGCUGUUGCCCAGGGUUAACCCUGCUGGCCCCAGCCUGCAGCUGAAUGCCUUUCCAAGCCCCUCCACUGGGAUCCACCCCCUGCCCGCCGGGGCUCACAUCGCCCCUGAGCUCCACAGAGAGAGCUGCUGCAGGCCCUCUCUUCAUCCCUCCACCACCAACCGGACUUUUAACAUCCCAGUGCUGACCAGAGCUGCCAGGGUCCCUUUUUGACCAGACAUUCCAGUUGAAAACAGGACACCUGACAACCCUAGGCUGGGGACACCCAUGGGCAUAGUUUGAGGAAACAGGGAGGACAUUGCCCCCCAAAGAGAGGCGAGGUGCCACUGCUCUCCCACCCCCAUUUGUGUGAGCACAGAGCUGCCCAGAUGAGGGAAGGUGCCGCUCCAGCUUGCUAACUCUGCAGCUGUCAUCCCUUUGGCAACAGCAGCAGCAGGGGCUUCCCAUUAAGCAGGUCCAGUGAGAGCCCCCCGUACCCAGACCCUCACCCCACUAAGAUCCAGACAGCUGCACCCAGACUCCCCAGCUGAGCGCCCCACACCCAAACCCUCUCUGCUGAGCCCCAUCCCCCCCAACCCAGAUUCCCACCCCAGAGCCCCAACCACUUCACCUGGACCCCGCUGCAGAGUUCCAUUGCCCCUAUACCUGGACCACCCUGAUGAGCCAUCUGCACCCAGACUCCCACCUCACUUCCCCAGCACCCAGAACCCCCAGCUGAGCCCCCCACACCCAAACCCUCUCUGCUGAGCCCCAUUCCCCCACACCCAGACCCCCCGCACUGAGCCCCAACUACUUCACCUAGAUCCCUCUGCAGAGUCCCAUUCCCCUGCACCUGGAACCCCACAAAGAGCCCCUGUGCAUCCAGAUCUCCCAUUGAGCUGCCUGCACCCAGACUGCCCCACACAGAACCCUCACACAUGGAUCUCCUCUCAUUAAGUCUCUCCACUCUUGGAUCCUGCUGGGCAGAGCCUGCCUGCCCAAAUUUGGUGCACCUGGCAUGGAGGGGUAGGACCCUGAGGUGUUUCUGGGUCAGGCCCAGCCCUUGCUCUGUGUCAGCAUUAGGUGCAGCCUCCCUGCCAAAGUCCCUGUCCCCGCGGUGGAGUGGGAGGGGGGUUGCAGGGUGAU